UCUCAACUCUAACACACUGUACUAUGUGAGGGUUGUCGCCUGGAACAAGUUUGGAAGCAGCAACUACACUGAACAUGUGACUGGACGUACAGAGAAGAAACUUGAUCCGGACUCACAAACAGCCGUGAUAGUUGGUGUUACAGUCUCAGUUUGUGUGCUUUUACUGGUUGCGAUUGUGGCAGGUGGUCUUAUGAUUCGACACAGAAGGACAAAAGAUGAUGACAGAGAGGGGAAUUACAUCAAAAGGCGCGGGAACAAAUACUACAGACAGUGAAUUAGAAAUGCAGGACAACGUCUGCUACGCCGGUUCAGAUGAAGUCAUGAAGCCUGGAACCAGUGGAUCCCAGGGGGCGGCAGAAGUGUAUGCUGCUGUGGAUAAGAAGAAGCUGAAACCUGCUUCAAAAACUAAUGAAACCUAUGCUGAAGUGAAGAAACCAGGAAACAAGAAGGCUAAAAACCAGGUUGCAAAGAAUGGUAAAGCCAAGAAAGCUCCUUCAAAAGGUGAUAAAACUCCCCUGAAGACAAGGAACAAAAUGAGAAAGAAAGGUGAUGUGUAUGAGAACACUGGAAUCGGUGAGAAAGGAAAACCACACUUUGAGGAUCAACCUGAAAACACAACUGACCAAGUUCCAACAGGAGCUGAGACUGGACGCAAUAAAGAUGGCCUGCUGUAUGUUGGGAUAGACUUCAGCAACCACAACCCACGCCAGCAUGUCCACACUGACAAGGAAUCAACUGAGUAUGCUGGCAUCCAGAUUGGAGUUGUUGGACCAGCAUUUGCAGAGGAAGAAAAGAAACAAGAAGGAAAAAAAUAGAACAUGUUUGAUGUUCAUUUUCUUAAUUUUAUCUUGCUGUGAAACAUGAUUUGCUGGGGUGGUUGUUUCUCAUCAGCUACAAAUUAAUAGUGGGAACUUAUGUCGGAGAAGAAUCCCUGGAAAAGAUAUAUUUGCAAAAUGAACUCAGUACUACUCUGUCAGUUACAUGAUCUUUCAUCUACUGGCUAUGAAUUAUAGAGUAGAUCUGAACUGAAUAAAUCAAAGAACUUAGCAAUCUUCCUCAGGAUCAACUACGGUCACUUUUUUGUGUAAAAAGACAAUCAAAAAGGCAGUCAUCCACCCCCCUCCACCCUUAAAUACAUGUCCUCUUCCCCCAAAUAGUUAUGAUUUGUGAAACCCAGCAGCAAUUAUUUGCUGUGAAGUAAGUGUGUUACAUGUUGUACAUCCAAUCUGAAACUUCAGGGACUAUGAAACUGUAUCUCUGAUGAAAUGAGAGCCAUUGUGCCUUGAAAGCUUUCACAUAGACAUAAAAUAAUUUUCUCAAACCUUUGCUGUUUUGAAUGAUAACUUAGGGUAUGAUAAGUAUCUUAAUUUGAUAGAAGUUUGAAAUUUACUAAACGUGUAUCCCAUACUUUUACUUAUUCUGAUAUGUCUCAUAAUAUCUCAGGAAGGCAAUUGUAAAAUGUUAAUUCUAUAUUUCAAGUUAUUUAUGCCAUGCAAUCAAAUAUUUAUACCUUGCUUUACAUAUCUUCAUACCCUGAAUUUCACAAAUUUGGAAUAAAUAUAAAUUGUGAAGACCUUCGUGUAACCUGCUUCAGCUGAUCUUUGACUUAAAUGACUUGAUCUUAGUUGUAUAGAUCAUUGCUCAUCAGAACAAUCAUGAAUCAACAUAACUCAGUGUUGCAAUAUUGAAUCAAAGUGACAUUGCCAUUGUCCAUUGCUUAAAAUAUAAAUAGUUCAUAAUGAUAUCAUGUCAUACUAUUCGGAUAACAUAUAAUACACUGAUACUCAAGACCUUAAGUGUAUAUUCUUUUCCAUUCAGUUUAUUCAUUUGUUUCUCACAUCUUAUUUGAAAUAAUUUUUAGACUUGAUAUGUUUUUUUGUAUAUUUUCACCUCACCUGAACCAAUUCCUUUAAGCCCUUUACUUAAUCAUUGCUUCAUUCUGACAUGGUAUACAGUAAAUAUGUCAAACUGGGAAAAAGAUCUAAUAAUUUUAUAGAUUGUUGCUUUGUUUUGUAGAGCUUAUUUUCCCUUGUAAUAUGUACUGUAUCCGUUUAUAUAUGUCACCUAUAUAACUUCAGUUUGUUGUUAUGGGAUCGGGGGUGGUGGGGUAGCCUAGUGGUUAAAGCGUUAGCUCGUCACGCAGAAGACCCAGGUUCGAUUCCCCACAUGAGCACAAUGUGUGAAGCCCAUUUCUUGUGUCCCCCGCCGUGAUAUUGCUGGAAUAUUGCUAAAAGCGGCGUAAAACUAAACUCAGUCAGUGUUAUGGGAUCAUCUCUUAAACCACAGAAGCUAGACUGAUUUUUCAGGUGUUUUCCCAUGAAAAUGGUGAUUGAAAAUAUUACAUACUCACUCAUGAUAAUAUGUGUUGUGAGAGGUUUGACUGUCAGAAGAAACUUGGGGAUAUUUGUAAUAGGAAAAACAUGUAUGCUUUUCAGUGUUUACUUUUUUACCUUACAAGACUGAAAAUCAGUUGACCUUAUAGAAUGGCCUGUUUGUCCAGCAUCCUAUGUCAGUCAUCUGAACAGAGUAAACAUUUUGUCCAAUGAAUCAACCCCACAUGCUUGUUCCCAACAAUUAUGUCAACUGGAUUUGUUCAAGAGAUUCAGAUCUUAUUUUCCGCAGGACCACCACAGAAACCAUAUUGAAAAUCCAGGUCAUCCUUUUAUGUUUAAACUAUGAUAAAUGUUAGAGGCUAAGGCUCCAUCAGCAGCUCCUGUUACACACUUAUUAUGCACCAUUCUUAGCUCAGUCUAUAACCCACUCUGUGAUAUGGAUGAUAGGACAAAGUCUUUUCAACAGAAGUGGUCAAAUACAACAAUCUUACCCUCUCAGCUUCUGUGGCUUAUAAGUCUGACAACUGAUAGUUUAGGUUACAUACUUUGUGUACCCCUCUGGCUCCCAUUGCUAAACUAUGAAUACAAAAUGUCCUUCAGAAAGUGGUCAAAUGCAACAAAUGUUAUACUUAGGAUUACACAGUCUCAGUAAACUAAAGAUCCUGAGUUAUUUGUAGGUUUCAGUCCCAUCUGACUAUGUGUGCUGGCAUUAGAUGCCUCACUCCAAGAGUGUGGGUUUGAAUCACAGAUGGGACUCAACCUCCCAGAAUUACAAGAUUCUGUACUUUACUGAGAACGUGUAAUCCCACAUAUAACAAGUUUCAUCAGACCACUUUUCUAAAAGGCAUUGUGUAUUCACAUUACUGUAUUAAAACUUAUGGUAUAUUAUA